UACAGGAUUUCCUCAUAGCAUUCGUAGAGGAGCUUGGCCCUUGUAUAGGCCGGAGUGACAGUAAAACACAGAUUGGGAUGAUCAGUUAUGACGCAAAAACCUACAAUAAUUUCUAUCUGAAUACGUACAGUUCGGGUGCAGCUAUAUCACAAGCGAUCCAGGAUAUGGAUUGGAACCACAAUAAUGUAGGCAAAAACAUAAAAGGAUCGCGCUGUGGUACAGCAACAUUUAAAGCCCUCAAUGAGGCUAGAUUAGUGGCUCUUACUGAAGCACAUGGUAUAAGAGAUCCGCUAGGUAUAAAAUCACCACCUAUAAAGAAGGUCGUCAUUGUACU